UCUGACUAUUUCUCUCACCAUUUCUCUUCUCACUAUUUCUCACUAAAUCAUCUCUGUGCCCUGCGCGUUGUUUUUGUUUACAUAACAGUUAAUUGUAAGCAACCACAAUCACUGCUUAGCACUCCCUAACACUUCCUACAGAGCCAACACCUCCUCACCAACAGUCCCCAUUAUCCAAUAUCCAAUUCAAUGGCAGUUAGAAAACCCUUAACUCAAUUCACAACUCCAUUAGGCUCAGGAGCAGGAGUCCCUAAAGAGAAAAGACCCCCGCGUGUUACUGAUAGUGCUGAAAGAUUAGCUAAACCAUUUAAAGUCCCAUUUGUUAAUAGAUCAAAUACUGUAGGUGGAGCUGCCAGUUCCAAUCCCAAUAGUAUACAUAAUCAUCCAAUUCGUAAAGCUCGUAGAAAUGUUAAAUCAUACGCAGAUGGAGAAUGGGAUAAAGAAAACAUUGAACAAGAAGGUGAUGAUACUUAUUCAAUUAAUGGUGAAUCAUACAGUAAGAAAAGAUUUGGAUCUUUAUUACCUCGAAUGAUGUUAGCCAAUCAACCAUCAGAAGAUAAAAUACGUCAAACAUUUGCUGUACCAUUUGCUAAAGAUAAUGUAAAAAAAUUAGAAUUUAAUAAUCGUGGUCCUCCACCUCCAUUAGGGACAAGAAUUAAACCAAUUUUACCUCCUAGACCUUUAUAUGAUCCAAUGAGUGAAUUUGCUAUAGUAUUAUAUGAUCCUACUGUAGAUGAUCCUCCAAAAGUUGAUAAUGAAGAAGGAGAUGAAUCGAAAUCAAAAUCAAAUUCUCCAGAAAUUGAUCAAGAUAAUGAUAAUGAUAAUGAUAAUGAUCAACCAAUAAUUAAAAGAAGAAAAACUCAUAAAUCAUUAGCAGAAAUAUUAGGAAUAGUUAAAAAUCCCGAAGAAGCAUUAGCAAAAUUUCCAAAUGUCCCUGUAGUAAUUGAUCCAAAACUUGCAAAGAUAUUAAGACCUCAUCAAAUUGCUGGUGUACAAUUUUUAUAUAGAUGUACAGCAGGAUUAAUGGAUCCUCGAGCAAAAGGUUGUAUAAUGGCAGAUGAAAUGGGAUUAGGUAAAACUCUUCAAUGUCUUGCACUUAUGUGGACAUUAUUAAAGCAAGGUCCAAGAGGUAAAAGAACCAUUGAAAAAUGUAUAAUUGUAUGUCCUUCAUCAUUAGUAAGAAAUUGGGCUAAUGAAAUAAUUAAAUGGUUAGGAGAAGGAGCUUUAACUCCAUUAGCUGUAGAUGGGAAAUCUACUAAGAAUUCAGAAUUAGGAUCAGCUUUACAACAAUGGUCAGUUGCUACUGGUAGAAAUAUUGUAAGACCCGUAUUAAUUAUUUCUUAUGAAACUUUAAGAAGAAAUGUUGAUAAAUUAGCAGGAACAGAAGUAGGAUUAAUGUUAGCUGAUGAAGGUCAUAGAUUAAAAAAUGGAGAUUCAUUAACAUUUACAGCAUUAAAUGCUUUAAGAUGUGAAAGAAGAGUUAUACUUUCAGGAACUCCAAUUCAAAAUGAUUUAUCAGAAUAUUUUUCAUUAUUAAAUUUUGCUAAUCCAGGAUACCUCGGAACAAGAUUGGAUUUUAAAAAGAAUUUUGAAAAUGAUAUUUUAAAGGGUAGAGAUGCUUAUGCAACUGAUGAUGAAAGACAAAAAGGUGAUAAAAAAUUAUUAGAAUUAUCUCAAUUAGUUUCUAAAUUUAUUAUUAGAAGAACUAAUGAUAUUUUAUCAAAAUAUUUACCUGUUAAAUAUGAAUAUGUAUUAUUUACUGGAUUAUCAACAUUUCAACGAGCAUUAUAUGAUCAUUUUAUUAAAGCUCCAGAAAUUAAAAAAUUAAUAAAGGGGCAAGGAUCUCAACCAUUAAAAGCAAUUGGAAUGUUAAAAAAAUUAUGUACACAUCCUGAUUUAUUAAAUUUACCUGAUGAUUUAGAAGGAUGUGAAAAAUAUAUACCAGAAGAUUAUAUAUCAUCAUUAAAUAAUAUGGGAUCAGGAAGAAAUAGAGAAGUUCAAAGUUGGUAUAGUGGGAAAUUUAUGAUACUUGAAAGAUUCUUAUAUAAGAUUCGAACAGAAACUAAUGAUAAAAUUGUAUUAAUUUCAAAUUAUACUCAAACUUUAGAUUUAAUUGAAAAAUUAUGUCGUAAUAAAAAAUAUGGAUGUUUAAGAUUAGAUGGUACAUUAAGUAUAAAUAAACGUCAAAAACUUGUGGAUAAAUUUAAUAAUCCUGAAGGAUCUGAAUUUAUAUUUUUAUUAUCAUCAAAAGCUGGAGGUUGUGGAAUUAAUUUAAUUGGAGCUAAUAGAUUAAUAUUAUUUGAUCCAGAUUGGAAUCCUGCAUCAGAUCAACAAGCUUUAGCAAGAGUUUGGAGAGAUGGACAAAAGAAAGAUUGUUUUAUUUAUAGAUUUAUUUCUACUGGAUCAAUCGAAGAAAAAAUCUUUCAAAGGCAAUCAAUGAAAUUACAAUUAUCAAGUUGUGUAGUUGAUGAAAAGGAAGAUGUUGAAAGAUUAUUUAGUUCUGAAAAUUUAAAGAAAUUAUUCCUUUUUGCUCCUGGAACUGAUUGUGAAACUCAUGAUAGUUAUAAUUGUAAACGUUGUUCAAAAGAAAAGGGUCAAUUUAUUAAAGCUCCUGCUAUGUUAUAUGGUGAUCCAACUACAUGGAAUCAUCUUAAUAAAAGUGCACUUAUGGCUAAUGAAGAUUCACUAGUAUCCAAUGAAUCUAAUUUUGAUGAUAUCACUUUUGCCUUACAGUAUAUAUCGCAUUAAUUAAAUUGUAUUUGAUAGAUUAAUUAGAUAGAUUAAUA